AGUGAUACAAGUUUUCUUCCAGUCCGUUAUGAGCUUCCUUUUGAUACAACCGCCUUCUCGGCGAGGUGUAUUCGUUACGAGGGGAGACAGAGCAGCUAGUUCUAUCCCCACUCUGACGAGCGAAAAGUGUAUAUAGUCAGGAUCUCUUUCUCACUCUUUCUCGAACAUUAGGUCACAACAGUCUCUCUUUCUCCUUUUUUAUGCGCCAUCCCUGUCAGUCAUGUGUUCAUACUGAAGCGCGAGACAAUACAUGCACGCAUGUUUGUGCACUCCGUCAAUAAAACCUGCUCAAAGCCUACCUACUUUUAGAUUAAUUUACGCUUCUUAAGUCCAAAGAAGUAAUAUAUACAAGAGCCCAAAAGAAAAAUUUGCAAACGCAUUUUUGGAAAUCAAGAUCGUGUCGCAUCAGUGCGCAAUCAACCUCUACUUAUAAAGUAUAUAGAUAAAUACGUAAGCUGGUAUGUAGCUAUGCUUACAAUGUGACAUAGUCUGCAGUCAUCGACAAAAAUUAGGAUUUAGAAUUAGAAGGGAAACACAACUAGGGAGUGUUGUCCUGAAGAAAAACGAGGAUCAUGUCAAUUUUUGUGUGUGGAAGGAUGUUAAGGAAUAUAAAAAGCAGCAAAAAUCUUAAAAUUACGACUCUGCUUGAUCUUCCUUGCAUUGGAAACCGCCUCAAACGGUCUAUUAUUUGCACUAGACAAACCACAGCUAUACUCAUUUUCUUCAAACACGACAGCCUAUUGAAUGCACGGUCUUGCAGUGGAAAUGUUAUUGACAGAGCUCAACAAAAGAAAAAUGUUCCGCAAGCGAAGCCGGUGGUGACGCCAGUAAAGCAAAAUUUAGUUGUUGCAAGCAUAACAGGGGCAAAACCAGCCCAGCAAAAGAGAAAUUGCUUCCACCCUGGAGCUUCAAGUUUAAGCAGAGAUGGACUCGACUUUGUAUCUGGACCGCAAGUUACGGGACAAGAUAUGAUAAGAGCUAUGUUCAACUUUAUCUGGCCCAAGGAAGAACCCGAAAUAAGGAAAAGAGUUAAAAUAGCUUUGGCAUUGCUGGUAGGAUCCAAGUUCCUAAACGUUUCUGUGCCGCUCUUUUUCAAGUCAGCUGUUGACACCUUGGGAGUGGGUGCAGAUGCACUGGCGACUGCUCCCGGAACUGUUGCGACUGUAGGAACGACAUUGCUCAUUGGCUAUGGUAUCGCUCGCGCUGGAGCGACGGGAUUUAAUGAGCUGAGGAAUGCCGUUUUCGCCAAAGUCGCUCAACAUUCAAUUCGUAAAAUAGCCAAAAACGUUUUCUUACAUCUCCAUAACUUGGAUUUAUCGUUUCAUCUUAACCGCCGAACGGGAGCGCUCUCAAAGACCAUCGACAGGGGAAGUCGAGGCAUCAACUUUGUUCUGUCCGCUAUGGUUUUCAACAUCGUCCCUACAGUUUUUGAGUUAGCACUUGUUAGCUCAAUAUUGGGAUACAAGUGCGGGCCCGAGUACGCUGCUGUCGCAAUUGGAUGUGUUGGCACUUAUGCUGCAUUCACGCUUGCUAUCACACAAUGGAGAACAAAGUUUCGCGUGUAUAUGAAUAAGGCGGAAAACGAAGCUGGUAAUAAAGCAAUAGAUUCCCUCAUCAACUAUGAAACUGUUAAAUAUUUCAACAACGAGAAAUUCGAAGCAGAAAGAUACGACGAUGCUCUAAGAAAAUACGAAGCCGCCUCAUUGAAAACGAGUACUAGUUUGGCAUUUUUGAAUUUUGGCCAACACGCAAUUUUUAGUACAGCUUUAAGUUUGAUUAUGGUUUUAGCUGCUCAGGACAUUGUAAAUGGAACUUUGACUGUUGGUGACUUAGUGUUGGUCAAUGGCUUGUUGUUUCAACUAUCGAUUCCACUUGGAUUUUUGGGAUCCGUGUAUAGAGAAAUAAGGCAGGCCCUUAUAGACAUGCAGACAAUGUUUACACUAACUUUAAUGGAUCCUACCAUCAAGAGCAAACCCAACGCUCUACCUUUCUGUGUUGCACCUAAAAAUUCCGACAUUACCUUUGACAACGUUACAUUCGAAUAUGUAAGUGGUAAAAAUAUCCUCAAAGAUAUGUCUUUUAUAAUACCAAGCGGAAAAAAAAUUGCUGUCGUCGGAGGAUCUGGAUCGGGAAAAACAACAUUAGUAAGAUUGCUGUAUAGAUUUUUUGAUCCAAAUAAUGGCAACAUUUUAAUAAAUGGCAAAAACAUCCGAGAAGUCGAUAUAGAUGAUUUACGUCAAUCGAUAGCCAUUGUUCCACAAGAUUCCGUUCUCUUCCACGAGUCAAUAUUCUAUAAUCUUCAUUAUGGAAAUCUGAGGAAAUCCAAGGAAGACGUAUAUAAAGCGGCCGAAAUGGCGAAUUUGCACGAUUCGAUCCUCAAAUGGCCACAGGGUUACGAUACGCCAGUAGGUGAACGUGGCUUAAAGUUAAGUGGUGGAGAAAAACAGCGAGUUGCCAUUGCUCGAGCAAUUUUAAAGGACAGUCCUAUUUUAAUAUUUGAUGAAGCUACCUCAUCCUUGGAUUCCAUCACAGAGCAGCAUAUACUCGAAGCUCUGCGACGUGCCACUACUGGAAAAACUUCUAUUGUGAUUGCCCACCGUUUAUCCACUGUCAUGGAUGCAGACGAGAUUUUUGUUUUGCACAGCGGCAAAUUAGUUGAGCAAGGAAAACACGUAGAAUUGUUGCGAAUACCCAACUCGUAUUAUAGUAAAUUGUGGGAUGCUCAGCAUGCAAGUAUUCAAGACUAAUACGCGAGCAACAAAAAACAAUCACAACCGAUACACAGUAUAAACGUUGCUAUAUAAAUAUUGUAAAUAAUUGUUGGAAAUCAAUCCAAAAAACGUGUAAAAUUAACUAAAAUGUGUAACAUUAUUUGUAAAUAAUGUAAUUUUUACGCGAUUAAAAGGAUGUUUUG